GUUCCGGGAUUCCGAUGUCGGCCUAGCGAGCUAACUAGUUAGCUAACGGCUAAUUCAAGGAGGACAGUAACAACCCACACCCUAAAGACUGGACAGCUUGCAUGUUCGAUACAAGGGCAUCCAUACUCACCGGAGAACCCGAGGGUGACAGAGAACCAGAGGACAAAUUGAACAAAAAAUUAAAAUGCAUCUGACUACUUGAUACCCCUGCUGCACAUGGCUUCUUUCAAGAGCUGCAAAAUGGGAACUGAGGUCUGUCCACAGAGAAUUUGGAGGUGGGAUAGGUCUCUUCACCCACACCUGGCGUACUGUGGCGACUCUUGGGCGAAAUACACAGGGCUUUUGUUUGGAAUGAGUUGAUUUUAUCCUCACAAAGACUGAGGGCAGGGGUCUCCAAAGAUCCAGAAGACUGCUUUUUUUUUAGCUGAACUAUUUGUGAGAGACAUUAUAAAACUUUAUUUUUCUUUUAGCAGAUUUUAAAAGGAAAUUCAACUGGAGUUUUUAGUUUGAUAUUAAGCAGCUCCCUACAGCUGGUUCAAAAGUAAUUUUUUUUUGGUUUUCAUCGUUUUUCCACUGCUGACUUAGUUUGAAACGCUGGAACUGUCCCUCCUGCCACCAUCCUCAGUUUCUUCCACCCACCCAGUGCCUAAAUAAGCCCUCUUGGGACAAUCACAGAAGUCAUCAGCAGCUGCUCCUCUCAAUCCUCUGCCUGUUCUCCUUUAUGUGCUUCUACUCUGGGCCUGCUGUCUUUCCACCCACUACCUCUUUCAUUUUCUUCUCUUUUCCUUAUAUAUAUUAUUUCUGAGUGAUAAAAAUCAGAAUUCAAGCACGGCAAUGAGCAUUAAUGUAAACACUUGACUUUAAGACUGGAGACAAACCUAACUUGCUCCUGUUGUGGUGUGUGUGAGUGUCUGUGCUUUUGUGUACAUUGACAGCUUUGUAAAGGCUGCACUGGUGCCAGUAAGCAACUGAAGAUUAGAUUUAUUUAUAUUCUUCCACCAAAAACGGUUACAAUAAGCCAUACAAAAAUAUUUAUGAAUUAUCUACACAUAUUUUUGUAUCACAUUGCUCUUGUAUAGUUUUGCUUUUAUAAACCUCUAUUAAGGAUAUGCACACAAAUUGAUUAUUUACAACAAAGAGUACAAAUGCAAGAAGAGCUGUAUAUCGCUGAAUUAGGAAGUAAUCCUCUAUUUGGAGUGAUUUCACCAGUGCCGUGAGACAUUUAGUGACUGUACACAGAGAAUCCCUCAUGUUGCUGCUGAGUGUCUGCUUUGCAUAGUGUUGGUUUUCUUUCCAGUCUGCAGUCAUGGCCCCUCCUAACAGACGGCCUACUCGCCAUUUUGGCUUGUAGAACACCCAUAGUAGUGGGUAGACAGUAGAUAUCUACCUCUCUCCCUCUGUCUUCCUCCCCUCUCUCGCUGUCUCUGAUGCCAGGCUUCAGUGGUGGGGGAGUUGGGGGAGGAGUAGGUGGCCCUGCUUCUGCUCCUCCCCGUCCGUUUCGGCCCAGUCGAUAUGUCCCUGUGUCUGCGGCCACCACGUUCCUUGUUGGAUCCACCACCCUUUUCUUCUGCUUCACGUGCCCAUGGUUGUCAGAGUAUUUCUCCUCUGUCAUUCCCAUUUACAUCGCUGUGAUCUUCCUCUUCACCCUUGCCAACUUCUGCAUGGCCACCUUCAUGGACCCUGGAGUCUUCCCCCGAGCGGAGGAAGAUGAGGAUAAAGAGGAUGAUUUCCGUGCUCCUCUCUAUAAGACAGUGGAGAUAAAAGGCAUCCAGGUGCGCAUGAAGUGGUGCUCAACCUGCCGCUUCUACCGACCGCCACGCUGCUCCCACUGCUCCGUCUGUGACAACUGUGUGGAGGAUUUUGACCAUCACUGUCCAUGGGUGAACAACUGCAUUGGCCGGAGGAAUUAUCGCUAUUUCUUCCUCUUCCUGAUCUCUCUCACAACCCACAUUGUGAACGUGUUUGGCUUUGGCCUUGUUUAUGUCCUGCACCACCGCCAGCAGCUGGACACGCCACAUGCUGCUGUAACUAUGGCUGUAAUGUGUGUGGCUGGUCUAUUUUUUGUCCCAGUUGCUGGCCUGACUGGGUUCCACAUAGUGUUAGUGGCCCGUGGUAGGACCACAAAUGAACAGGUGACAGGGAAGUUCCGGGGAGGCGUAAACCCUUUCACCAAUGGCUGCUUGAGGAAUAUUUCACAUGUGCUCUGUAGCUCCCAGGCCCCAAGAUACAUAGGCCGAUGGCGGAGCCACCAGGCAGUGGAAGUACAGCCACCAUUUCUUCGACCACCUCUCACUGAGGCACAGCUUGAAGCCAAGGUCCUGGACAACGGGAUCCAGAAUGACAGACACAGUACCAGGUCCAAGAGCAGUCUAGAUCAGAUGGAGAGCCAGUCAGCUGAUGCAGAGCCUCCACCUCCUCCAAAGCCGGAGCUUCGCUAUCCUGGCUUGCCUCGUGCUGACACGGAGGAGAGCAGCUUGCUGACUGAAGCUCCUCCUACACCGUCAAUGUUUAAAUAUCGACCACCUUACAACAGCCCUGGAAGAAACCACUCUGCCCUUGCACACCCAAACAAGAUGAUCCGUGGGGAGAGUCUCGACUCUCCGUCUCCCUCCAUUCUUCAGUCCAGUCGUCAGCCCAGCUACCGCUCGGAGCCGAGCAGCCUGGAUGGAGCCACAGUAGUGGGAGGAGGUGUAGGGGUGCGCAGAGGGGGAGGGGAUAGGGGUGAGGGCCCCGGAGGCCCUGGCGGGACUGCUGGUGGGAUGUCAGGGGGCAUGUCUGGUCACUCCCUGACUGGGCGCUCCUACACCUCCUACCCAUCCUCUCUGGUUCUGUCCACUGGCGGCUCUCGCUCCUCCAGUCUGCGCUCAGCGCACACGGCACAUAACCCCUUGGCCACGCUCCAAUCAGAGGGCACAACAGACACCAGCUACAAAAGCCUGGCCAACCAGACGCCUCGGAAUGGCAGCUUGUCCUAUGACAGCCUACUGACACCUUCCGAGAGCCCAGAGUUUGAGUCGGCCGCCCAUGAGCUGUCGCCACAGAAGCCUCGAGCUCUGUUUCCCACAACGACUAUAACAGGCCAGCCUGAGAUGGUGUCACCCAGUAGCCCGCUGCAGGGCUACACGUCGCCCUUCCUCUCAGCUCAGAUUGCCCAGCAGAGGGAGGGGCAGCUUCUCCAGGGCUCUGCCACUUUCUCCUCCCCCCACAGGGCCUACCUGCGUGCGGUCAGCCCACCCCCUCCCUCCUCCUCGGGGCAUCCUGAAUGCCAGCACCUGCUCCAUCAAAACCACGACCCCUCUUCCCGAGCCCCUCGAAACCCUUCCUCCUCAUCCUCUUCCCCUGGGGCUCGCUCACUAGAGCCCCCUGUCUCCCCACCACCCCGCGGGCUCUCCCUUGGCAAGUCCUAUUCUUACACAGGGGAGGUGGGGCCUCAGCACAAGCCUCGGAUAGCAGGAGGAGGCACUGUGCUGGGUGGGGGAGGAGCCGGGGGAGGGCAACAGGCUCCACAAUCCACCUCUCGCCCAGUCUUGGCCAAUCACACUGCAUCCAAACCAGGGGGCGGGGUGAAGAAGGUGACAGGUGUUGGAGGGACCACUUACGAGAUAUCGGUUUGAGUGACAGACAUCCUUCAUGGUCGAUCCCGAGAAGUGGGAGAAAAAGUCUCUGGACUACUUCGACUAAGCUGAGCUGGAUAUUAUUCAUGACUGCAGGACCCAGAGGAGCGACUCUUUUCCCCUGCCACAGACUAUGGGAGCAGGCCCGUGUGGUACUCAUUGUCUUUGUAAUGCCACUGGCCUCUCUUUUGUGUUAGCCUUUCAGAUCUGUACUAAGAGAAUGAGGGGACUACGGUUUAUUUUUCAAAGGAUCAAUUUGUCUCCAUUUAGCCACUUUGUGAGCCAUAGACUGAUGGGACUAUCAUCCCUGGGUACAGAAAUGUCAAUAGAACACGCUAUCCAAUGAUUUGCUGUUUUACUUUGGUACAUAGCACACAGAGUGUUGACCGCUGUGUUUGACACGGUUAAGGAAAAGAUGGCCUUUAUCCAUUUGAUGUAGAGAUUUAGAGGGUGGAUUCAGGACUGUUGACCAAUUGAAAGGUUUUCUUCUUCACUGUCUGAACGGACCACAUGAGCUGUUUAUCCAUAAGAAUCAUUAAGAGGAGAGUCCGACCUUUAAACACAGUAUCGUUUUAGUUUUAUAAAAUCUUUUUUAAGUAUUGUUUUAUAUAAAUGUAUGAAAUCUUGCAGAUUAUUAUUGGGUCAAAUUGUCAGGUAUUGAAGAUUAUGACUAUUGAUGAGGGUGGCAGAUGUACUGUGUGUAAUUAUUCAUGAAAGCGAUUUCAAAUCAGUUGCCUGUUUAUAUUAAAUGGCUGCAUCAGCCACUUGUGAGCUCUUGUUGGAGUUGACAUCGUCCAAAGAGAAAGAUGAUCCCUUAGUGGACAGCUUAAGUGGCAAAUAAUUGAGCUUCACUUUUUGAAAGCCACAAAGAAAUUUCUGAAUCGAGAUUUCAGCACAAACAUCUUUGUGGAAUGUACGCUUGUAAUG